AGUUUACCAGUCUUCAAAAUGCCACCUGAACUCAAUCAAGGAAAUUCAUCAGAUUGUGUUUUCCCCCCAGAAGUGGAAGAUAAUUGUUUCCUUGUGAGCUGUGUUCUGCAUACAUAGACAGCUUGAAGAGAUGGCGUCUUACAACGCCAUGUCAGAGGACCAGUUCCUGUGCUCCAUCUGUCUAGGUGUUUUCACCAACCCAGCCACAAUCCCGUGUGGACACACCUUUUGCAAGCCUUGUCUCGAGGAUGACUGGAACAGCAGUGGAGACUAUGCAGUCUGUUCUGUGUGCAAUACGAGGUUCACACCUACCCCCACCAUCCAGGUCAACAUAGUCCUGAGAGACCUUGUGGAAAGCUUCAAGGGGGCGAGUAGAAGGGGCGGUGCGGCCGUAGACAGGCCCGCUGUGGCUCCGGGAGAGGUCUCCUGUGACGCGUGCUUAGGAUAUGGGAUGACCAAGGCUGUCAAGACCUGCCUGGUGUGUAUGUCGUCGUACUGCCUGGAGCAUGAAAUGGUUCACAAUGCCCGGUUCUCCAGGCAUCAGCUGGUCAGGCCCCUGGCUAACCUGAAGAAGAGGAUGUGUUUGAACCAUGAGAGGCUCCUGGAGCGUUACUGCCGCACCGACAAGACCAUGCUGUGUGGGGUGUGUGACACUCACCAGGCGCCGGACCACCAGGUUGUGUCGAUGCAGGUAGAGUUCUUGGCUCAAAAGGCUCAGCUGACUGAAGCCCAAGCAGAGGUAAAGGAGAAGCUGAAGGCCACUUGGAAAGAAGCAGAGCAAUUCAACUCUUCAUUCCAUCACUGCAAGGAUGUAGCGAAGAGCCAGAUCCGGUUUGUGAAUGGGUUCCGACGAGACCUGGUCAGCCAGGUGGGGUGGAUUUGUGAUCGCUACAACAUUGAGGCCUGUAGGAGGGUGGAUGAGAUGAAGAGCACAGCUUCCCGUCGGAGACGUGUGCUUGAAGAUGACAUAACAGCUCUGACGAGUAGAGGUGCCGAGCUGGAGCGGCUGAUUGGCUCCUCAGACUCCUUUGCAUUUCUUAAUAUUCUUCCCUCUCUCCCUUCUGCUAUUCCAGAUGGGGUCAGAGGACAAUGCAGCAUCAACAUCCCCCCAGACCUACUGGGAAACCUUCUGAAUACCUUAAUGAAAGACAUGGCCAAACUACCUAAGAUGGCCUACUUGUCUACAAAUGGCUAUGCUCUCCCAGAGAUUGCCGUGGUUAAAGAGUUCACAGUUGAGGUGACUCCUGACCCCAGCACAGCCCACCCAUCACUCCUGUUCAAACAGGCGUCACGUGAGAUCCGAGUGGACCGGCGCAAGAUGGGCCAGACGUUUCCCCUGUCUGCUCAGCGCUUCACCCAGGUGCUGUGCGUCCUCGCCCCCAAGGGGUUCAGCAGCCACCGAGCAUACUGGGAGGUGGAGGUGGAGGACUGGACUUCCACGGCAUCUGGUGUGUGGUGCGUGGGUGUGGCAACUAAAUCCUCCAUGACAUCACGAGGGGUGGAUCUCACCCCCGAGAAGGGGUUCUGGGUCCUGGUACACCACGGGGGAAAGCUUUGGCCCUCCACCAACACAACACCUGUGGCUGUCGGAACACAAAGGAGAAUGGCACAUGUGGGUGUGUUCUUUGACGGGCUGGAGCGGCGCCUGUCUUUCUACAACGUGAAUCUCGGUCUUCACCUCUACACAUACCACCACGUGCCAACCAAUGAAAGACUCUUCCCUGUCUUCAGCCCUAAUUUCUUCAGUCCUGGAGACAACCCCGCCAACCACGUCAUGAUUGUUAGACCCCUCACUGCCACAAACCACCAACGUGGAUGAUGAUGCUCAGUGCCAGUCCAAGCCUUUUGGGGGAGAAUUCUUGUCACGAUUACUUUACUUUUUUUUGUGUUUGUCUUCUUGUCAAUUUUUUUUAUCCAGUUAAAAAAUAUCUGUUUUUAAAGAUGUCUUAAUAAAAGUGAUUUUUUUUUUUUACCUCAAGCUCCUUAUUGUUGCAUGUAGAAAACCGAUCUCUCCCUUCCCGUUUAACAGGAUUGUAUAGUGGCAUUGCCUUAUUCUCAUUU